GAUCAUGCAAAAUAUGGAAAUAGAACUCCAAUAAUCUCCUGUCUUAAAUAAUGGAGAUGAGAAGAAGAAAAAUAAUUAUGUUCAUAUUCCAGUUUAUGAUGUGAAACCAUCUUAGAAUUACCCAAACUCAGAAUAAAAAGUUGAGUCAGAUGAAUAAAUAGUUUAAAUAGAUGAGCGGUGGUAUGCUAAGAAUGACAACUAUAAACCAUUAUCAGCGGAUCAAAGACCUGGGUUUAUAAGAAAAGUAUUUAUUCAUAUAAUAUUAAACAAGGUUUACAGUAUAAUGAUAUUGCAAUUAAUAUUGACAGUUGUAGCUUGCUGCUUCUCUUAUUUCUGUAUUCCAUACCGAGAUUUCCAAAAUGAGCAUUCAGGUUGGGUUUAUUUGGCAAUCGCAAUAGCAAUCAUCAUUGAAUUGAUUUUAUUGUGGAUACCCAAAUAUUCGUGGAGAGUACCUCACAAUUACUUGUUUCUCUUCGUUUUCACACUUGCUGAAAGUUACGUUAUCUCUCAACUUUGUAGUUACGUUUUCAACAAAUAUAGUGAAGAAGGAGGUAUACUGAAUUCUAAAUUAGGAUUUAUUGUUUUGAUGGCUGCAGCCCUUACUCUAGCUGCUGUGAUUGGACUCACUCUUUAUGCAUGCAAAACCAAAAAAGAUUUCACUACUAAAGGUAUUUAUAAUACAAGAUUAUCCAAGGGGCAUUCUUAUUUAUGGCAAGUACAUCUCUAUUUCUUUUUGCAAUACUGUCAGGAGUGUAUUAUGAUCAAGCAAUGAGUUUACUCUAUUCAUUGAUUUCCAGCUUACUCUUUGGAGUCUAUUUAAUAUAUGAUACUUAAUUAAUAAUUGGAGGAAGUGUAAUCAAUAAAUUUAAUGUAGACUCACAAAUUAUCAAUUGAUGACUACAUUAUUGGUGCCAUGUUCAUAUACAUUGAUAUUGUAUACCUAUUUGCUCACAUAGUUUUAAUUAUUGUAGCAUGUUUCAGAUGA